AUGAAGAACAGCCACAUCAAGUUGGACCUCAAGAGCCUGGUGUUCAAGGGCACCCUGAUUCACAUCAAGUGCACUGGCGCUUCCGGCUCCUUUAAACUCAACGAGAAAGCGGCUUCCGAGGAGCCCAAAAAGGCAACAGGUGCGGCCACUCCGAAGAAGAGCACCACAAAAGAAGGCCCUGAAGAAGGCGAAGAACCAACUGUGGCUGCUGGGGCCAAGAAAGUGAGCAAAAGCCCGAAAAAGGUGAAAGCAGCCAAACUGAAGAAAGCAGCCAAGAGUCCAGCCAAGGCCAAAGCCCCUAAGCCCAAGGUAGCCAAGCCGAAAACUGCCAUCCAAACUCAAGAAGGCGGCCAUUAG